GGGCCCUGCCCCGCAGCGCGGCCGCCGCACGGGACGGGAGCAUGCGGAUCCUCCUCCUGUGCCUGCUGACUCUCGCCGGGACCCGCGGGCAAGCGGUGCAGACGCGCUUCGUGGAGGAGCCCGAGGACCGGACGGUGGUGGCCGGGCAGAGAAUCGUCCUGUCCUGCGUGGUGCUCAACUACUCCGGCAUCGUGCAAUGGACCAAGGACGGGCUGGCCCUGGGCAUGGGCCAGGGCCUCAAAGCGUGGCCGCGGUACCGCAUCGUGGGCACGGCCGACUCGGGCCAGUACAACCUGGAGAUCCGCGACGCCGAGCUCUCCGAUGACGCCGUCUACGAGUGCCAGGCCACCGAGGCCGCGCUGCGCUCGCGCCGCGCCAAGCUCACCGUGCUCAUCCCCCCGGAGGACCCCACCAUCGACGGCGCCCCCGAGAUCCUGCUGCGGGCGGGGACCCCCUACAACCUGACGUGCCGCGCCCGCAGCGCCAAGCCCGCGGCCACCAUCGCCUGGUUCCGCGACGGGCUGCAGCAGGACGGCGCCGUCACCAGCACGGAGCUGCUGGCCGAUGGCAAGCGCGAGAGCACCACGAGCCUGCUGGCCAUCAACCCCACGGACCUGGACAUCGGCCGCGUCUUCUCCUGCCGCAGCUCCAACGAGGCCGCGCCGGCCGGCAAGGAGACCUUCGUCCGGCUGAACGUGCACCAUCCCCCGACGGUCACGCUGUCCAUCCAGCCGCAGACGGUGCAGGAGGGCGAGAGGGUCGUGUUCACCUGCAUGGCCACGGCCAACCCCGAGAUCAAGGGCUACAGGUGGGCCAAAGGGGGGGUGAUCAUCGAGGAGGCCAAGGAGAACAGGUACGACACGCAGGUGGACUACACCUUCUUCACGGAGCCCGUGUCCUGCGAGGUGCACAACGACAUCGGCAGCACCAACGUCAGCACGCUGGUGGACGUGCACUCCGGGCCCGGCACUGGGAUUCCCCCGGGAACGACUCCGGGCGGGCUGCCGGGCGUUGGGCCCCAGUGUCCCCGUGUCCCCCAGGUCCUGAGCAACAGCAACCAGCUGUACCUCAAGUCGGUGACGCAGGCCGACGCCGGCCAGUACGUGUGCAAGGCCAUCGUGCCACGGAUCGGCGUGGGCGAGAGGGAGGUCACCCUCUUCGUCAACGGGCCGCCCAUCAUCUCGAGCCGGCCGGUGCAGUUCGCGGCGCGCGGCGGCCGCGGUUCGGUCGAGUGUUUCAUCGGCAGCACGCCGCCGCCCGACCGCAUCGCCUGGGCGUGGCAGGAGAACGUUCUGGAAGCCGGCACGCUGGAGCGCUACACGGUGGAGAGGAGCAGCACGGGCAGCGGCGUCCUGUCCACGCUGACCAUCAACAACGUGGUGGACGCCGACUUCCAGACGCGCUACAACUGCACGGCCUGGAACAGCUUCGGGCCCGGCACGGCCAUCAUCCAGCUCGAGGAGAAAGAGGUCCUGCCCGUGGGCAUCAUCGCCGGGGCCACCAUCGGCGCCAGCGUCCUCCUCAUCUGCUGCCUGGUGGCCCUCGCCUGCUUCCUCUACCGGCGCCGCAAAGGAAGUUCCCCAUCCCUGGGAGCGCCCAACUCCACCUUGGGUCCACCUGGGCUAGCGGGAGCCGCCCCUUCCCACCACGGGAUGGCUCUCAAGUCGUUCAAGGACGACGUGGACCUGAAGCAGGACCUGCGCUGCGACACCAUCGACACCCGCGAGGAGUACGAGCUCAAGGUCCGGUCCCGCCGGGGUUUGAGGGACCCCACCAACGGCUACUACAACGUCCGCGCCCACGAGGAGCGGCCGGCCUCGCGCUCCGUCCUCUACGGCGACUACCGCGUGCCGGGCCCCGGCCGCUUCGAGGCGCGGCCGCCCUCGCGGCUCUCGCACUCCAGCGGCUACGCCCAGCUCAGCUCCUACCCCCGCGGCGGCCCCGAAUUCCCGGCCGAGGCGGCGGCACCGGCACCGGCACCGGCACCGGGGGACACGGCCAGCCAGCUCUCCUACGAGAACUUCGCGGGCGGCGGCGGCGGCUUCGCGGGCGGCGCCGCGUUCCCGCCCUACCGGCUGGGCUUCGGCGGCGCGGCCGCGGGGCUGGAGCGCGGCGCCUACGAGCCCUUCGACGUGGCGGGCAAGUUCGGCGGCGCGGCGCGCUUCUCGUACACCUCGCAGCACUCGGACUACGGGCAGCGCUUCCAGCAGCGCAUGCAGACGCACGUUUAGGGCGGGGAGGGCUCCGCGGGUAC